CUCUGGGAGCUUAGUGGCAGAGGGAGAGCGGCAGGAGCUCGGGACCCAUCGCGUCGCCCUAGGGGCGCCAGAGGCCCUCGUAGAAAGAAACAGAGAAGCGAAGAAGAGGAGUCCUUGCCCCCCUCCCUCUCAGCCAGGGCCCGCCCCCGCCUGCCUCGCCAACUCCGCCUCGGAGGCGCAGGUCUGACCAAGGCAACUUUGGAAGAGUUUGUGUGGGGUUCUCUGAGAGGCAGUGGAAGAGUUGAAACCCGGGCAGGGGGGGUUGCAUUCACCCUGGCCGGGCUGCGGGGCCGCAACAGCGGGGCCUGGCUCCGGUGGCCGCCCCUGAGCCUCCCCUACUCUCCUGAUUCCGGCAGCGGGGAACUAGGGGCGCUUGGUUCACCGCGCCCAGACGUCUUGGGGAGGCGGCGAGGGGCGCAAACAGGGGCAAUUUGGGUGCACGAUGGAGCAGCCAGAAGAGAAGAUCUCGGUGUGGAUCUGCCAGGAAGAGAAGAUCAUCUCGGGCCUCUCCCGCCGUACCACUUGUUCCGACGUGGUCCGAGUGCUCCUGGAGGACAGCCGCCAGCGGCGGCAGCAGCAGCUGCAACAGUCUCGGCGGCGGCGGAGGCAGCGGCGGCGGGCAAGAGGAGAAGAAGGAGGCGACGCGGGAGAAGGGGAGCCACAAGAGGCAGAGGAGGACGAGGAGGAGAAUCCGGCGCAGGGCAUGCUCUGGGGGCCCCCUCAGUGCUACUGCAUCGUGGAGAAGUGGCGGGGCUUUGAGCGCAUCCUGCCCAAUAAGACGCGCAUCUUGCGCCUCUGGGCCGCCUGGGGAGAUGAGCAGGAGAACGUGCGCUUCGUCCUGGUGCGCAGCGAGGCGUCUCUGCCCAACACCGGGCCCCGCAGCGCCGAGGCUCGAGUCGUGCCCAGCAAAGAGAGGCCGUGCUCUGGCCGAGGGGGCCCAGCCCGGCCCAGCCUGGCCCUGACCCAGGAGAAACAGCGGCGCGUGGUGCGCAAGGCUUUCCGCAAACUGGCCAAGAUCAAUCGGCGGCGCCAGCAGCAGCCCCCGUCCCCCUGCUCUUCCACCUCUACGUCGUCCUCCACUGCUUCGUCGUCCUCCUCGCCCCGGACUCAGGACAGCGCCUCAGGCGAGCGGAUGGAGACGUUGGUGCACUUGGUACUGUCCCAAGACCACACUCUCCGUCAGCAGGUGCAACGGCUCCGAGAUCUGGAUCGGGAAAUCGACCGCUACGAGGCCAAGGUGCACUUGGACCGCAUGAGGCGGCACGGCGUGAACUACGUCCAAGACACUUACCUGGUGGGGGCUGUAGCUGAGGUAGAUGGGGCCGGAGUCCUGAAGCAGGGCCUUGCCGAAGAAGCGCCUCCCGGCAGCGAAGGGGGUGCCGAUGCUGCAGCACUCGCCGAGUACUCCCGUCGGUGCGAGCAGAUGCUGCAGCUGCAGGAGCAGCGAGCUCAACAGGAGGAGCUGCUGGAGCGCGUGGCAGCUGAGAUCCAGGAGGAACUGAACCAGAGAUGGAUGCGGCGGCGCCAGGAGGAGCUCGCGGGGCAGCCAGCCCCCGACGCCGAAGGUAGCCCCGAGGGCGAGUUCCUGCUGGAGCAGGAGAGGCUGAAGACCCAGCUCAGCACCAGCCUUUACAUCGGCCUGAGACUCAGCACGGACUUAGAGGCUGUCAAGAGCGACCUGGACUAUAGCCAACAGCAGUGGGAGCUCAAGGAGAGGGAGUUGCAGAGUCUUCUGGAGACUCUGGACUCUUUGGACUUCAUGCCGAGCCCCGAUGGACCUGGUGAUCCUUGUUCCAGAGCUCCGAGUCAAGGGGAGGGCGAGGCACGGGCCGGGGAGGAGGCAGCUGCUUCUGGCUCAGGCCCCUGCCCGGGCCCCGAGGUAUGGGUGGACCAGGCCCGGGGACUGGCCAAAGGAUGUCAGGGCAAUGAUGAAGACUCGGACACGGGGCUGAGCUCCAUGCACAGUCAAGACUCAGACUCUGUCCCAGUCUGUGAGUCCCUCGUUUAGGAGAAAAGAUAGGAGGGAAGCGAGGAAGAAAGUGGUUUGGUCACCAAAAGCACGAGCCAGCUCAGGGAUCCCAUAGCGUGAAUAGGAGCACCUCGCCCCGCUGCAGCCCCUUCCACCGGCCAGCUAGGGUGUGUGCCGAGGGGGCAUAUUAUUCACAGUUUGGGCUAGGAGGGGCCAGAGAAAGGGCACCUCUUUUUAAAAGGUUCGUUUUGUACCCUGCCACCGAGCAGGGGAAGUGAGAGGUAGGAAGGGCAUCCCUCUGACUGAGGAACCUUAGGUCCCAGGAAAUGGUCCAGGCCCAUUUUCAAACGAGUAUUAUGUGGAUUUUCAGUUUAGUGAAGUCUCUAAAUGACAUUUCUGGGAACGGUGACAGCUGGAACACCCGUUUGGAGCAUUAGGUACUUAUCUUUGAUUGGUAACGAAAUUCCUUGAAUUUUAAUUGUAGCUCUAACUUGUUAAAACUAGCCAAAGAAGAGGUAUUUGUGUUGGUCUGGGCCUUACAUCCUGGAGAAAACACACACUCUUCUUGGCUAUUUACGUUUUCCAGCUGUUACUAGACUCAUCUGUGUCCUGCAUUUUGGGCCUUUUAUUUCACUUCCGAGGCUGAAUUAAAACCUCAAUUCUAUCUCUCCAGAGUUCAGACAGUGCAUUCCAGCCGAAGGGGAGAUAAUAAAAUCCUGGAAAGCUGACUCUGGUUAAAAUUUCAUUUGGACACUGAGAUUUGCUCUUGCAAAGUCCAGUAUUUUGUCCUUUUACAAUUCAUUGUUCUACUUCCAUUCGAUUACAUUCCACAAGCUUUAUUGAGCACCUACUGUGUGCCAGGCACUGUGCUAGGCUCUUGGGGAUUUGAAAAAGAAACAGUUCCUUCCCCAAGGGUCAUGAAUUUAGCUGCUGCUAUUUCAGGAAAAAUAAUAAUGAAGACAAAGAAACAACUGAGGGAAGCUAAGUGUUUUAAGGAAUGAGCCAUUUGAUUUACAGUUAAAACUCAGACUUUUAAAGUCUCCUGACAUUUAUGAGUACAAACUUGUAUUUCUUUUGAAUUGGGCAAUGCCUGAAAGCCAACCUGAACUCCACAACUCACCCUAAACCCCAGAGAAUGUUUCUUUUACCUGCCAGAGGCUUAACUGAGACACUGUAAAUAACAGUAUUUGCUAGCUAAGGUUUCAAAAAUUGUUGAAUGUAACCACUUCUCUCCAUAUUCCACUAACAGGUCGUUUGAUUAACAACCAUACUCAGCCAACGAUAAAGGUAUUUUUUCUUUUAAAGUGAGUUAACUGGAGUGACUCUCAGUUCUGGACAGCUUAUGCACACAUGCCUAGAGAUAAAAGUGUAACAGCUUUUCAAAACCAGUCUCUAAAGCGCCGGUGAACUCAGUGUAAUCUUUUUAGUUAUUUCAAUAAAAAAAAACACACAACUU